AUGUUGUAUUUUAUAAUUGUUUUAGUCUACAACUUUCCAUAAGUAUCAUCAUAUAGAUCGACAUCUCCAACCAGUAGAAUCAUUAAGGAAAUAAUUGAUGAUGAAUAAUAUUCUACAAAUGUCAAUUCAUCUUUCAUACUUCAAUUUAUAAAGUAUUUAUUAACAUCAUUAGUUACUUUGGUAUAAUUGAUAUAUCAUUAUAAUAAUUGAAUCAAGAAAAUUAUAUUUAGGUAGCCAAAGAUGAUCCAUAAAACUCUCAUUUAAAUUCUGGAUGUCACCCUUAUGAUCGAGAUAUAUAAUAUUAAAAAUUAUUUAAUCUCAUUCCAUUAUUUGAUAAUGAGACAAUAGAAACUGUGUAAGGGAAUAUAAGUUCGUUUUACUCAUCUACUUAGAAUAUAUUUAUAUUAAGAAGCGAUCUCAAAUUAUUUAUAAUGAAAAUAUCAUAUGAUUUAGAAAGAUAAGAAAUUGUUGAUUUGUAAUAAGUAUCCCAUAUAAAUUUAAACACUAUUUUAAAUAAUAAGUCUGAAACUUAAUAAAUAUAAGAUCCAGUACUGAAAUGUUAUCAAAAUAAUAUUUAGAUUGUAAACUGUUAUGUUUUGACAUAACUAGGUACAAUAUAUUUUUAAUUUAAUUAUGAAGAGUAAAUUAUGUUAACAUAUGAAGAAAUAAGUUUUUGGUUAUUAAAUAAGUAAUAGUAGAAUUAAGUUCAAAGGUUAUAGAUGUCUAUUUAGACAAUUAAAAUAGAUUACUAUUAGUUUUGAGCCAACUAGAGAUUUAAGUAUAUUAAUUACUUCUUGAUGGAAGUUUAAGUUUAUUUUAAAGUUUGAUUCCAAUUAAAGAAGCCAAUUUGAUGCAAGUGAAAACUAAUUAUAAUGGAACACAUAUAUUCAUUCUUGAUUAACAAUCAGGCAUUUUUAUAUAUGAAAUUAAUAAAUCGAAAGGUGAAAUAAUAAUGAGUGAUUAGAACAUUUAAAUCAAAGGGGGUAGAGCAUUUGAUUUUUAUCGAGAUAUUAUGUUUAUUUUAUUAGAGACAGAGGAUGAAUUUCCAUAUGUUUUGGAGUUGUUUUUUGAUUUAGAUAAGAAAGAACAUUAUUUCAAUAAGAUUACAUCAUAUGAAUAAGAAGUUUAUGAUUUACAUGUUGAUGAGAAAUUAACCAUUUUAAUAGGGAAUGAUUUACAUUCAAUAAUUGAUAAUUCUAUUUAUCAUAGAUUUUAUGAAAGAUAAAAUGAAAAUGAAAACUAGUUCUAUUUCAAUUAAAUUGAUUUAAUUUAAAUGAAUAAUUUAAAAUUACCUUGGGAUAAAUAAAUAAAACUUGGAUAUCCAUUUGAAAAUGGCCUCUUACAAUCAAUAAAAUUAUAUUAUGAUGAAACAUAUAUAGUUUCUAUUUCAGGGAAGGAGGUCAACUUAUUUUUAUUAAAUUAAAUAUCUCCUUGGGUAUUAUGUGUGGCUGAGGAUUCUACAAAAUAAGUAUGAAAUUUUUAGAAUUUAGUUUUAUUAAUUGAGAAUAAAAUCUUAGAAAUGCCCAUUCAUGAAAUAUGAUAAUGAGAGUCCAUUCAUUAUAUGUGAAUCUGAUUUAAAUUUUAGUUUCUAAGGUUUGGAAGUUUAUUUUUAUGAAGAAAAUUCUAAAUUAUUCUUGAUAAUUUUAGGUGUUAUAAUACUAAAAAUAAUUGGAUUAUCGAUUAUAUUAUUAUUUUAUAAAAAUAGAUAUUAAAAACUCAAUAUUUUAGAAGAGUAAGCAAGUAUAUAGGUGACAGAUAAUAGUUAAAGAAUUCUAGAUACAUAAAAUAUACCUACAAUACCAUGA